ACACCUAGUGAAAGUUUUUAAUAGGUUUCAUGUGAAUUUGCCUGUGUCCCUGCCCAUCAUAAAAGAACGACAUCAUUUGAAUAAAUCAGCAGAGUCCUUCAUGUGUUCAACAACAGAAGAGUGAUCUGCUCGCCAGGUAAAAUGGGUUUCUGUUUAAUGAUUAACCUUUUUUAUUGAACAUGUUAGGAAAAUGAUACUGCUUGUUAUUGUUUAUUUGCCUCGUUGAUGUCAUUCCUUUGAUUAUCAUAUAGUCUUGUGAGUGAUAUUGUAGUCAGACUCUGGGUUUAUUUGCCAUAAUUUGAAGUAAAUGAGUUUGACUUCAGGUGAAACCUGUGUCAAGUGUCUUUUUUUGUGGUUUCUAAAUACACUUUUCUGUAAUCCUGAUUGUUCAAUCUCUUCCAUGAAUCAACAUCAGAUCCAAAAAAGACAAGUAAAAACCCCACUGGACCCAAAAGCAUCCACAUAAGUCUUGUUUUAAACACAUUAUUAUGGCAUUUCUAUCAAUGCUGAUGCUUCUGUGCGCUUUUCCUCUUUCAAAUGCUGCGGGUCGGCUAAGAGAAUUCCAUCUUUUAAAUAAAAUGAAUAUCAAUGAAGCUCUGGAAACUUGCAAAACAAAAUACACUAACAUUGUCACAGUUUAUGAAAAUGAAGACAAUGAAGAGCUUAUUAAACAUGUCAAAGGCAGAGAUGCUCCAUCUGCCUUAAUUGGUGCUAAUACAAAUAACACAAACUACAGGAGUAAAUGGUCAAAUGGUGAUGACGUCAUAUUCACUUCAUUCACUGAGAACUGUACGGGAAUAUGUGGAGCUGCUAUGAGAAGUAAUGGAUCAUGGGAACUCCUGCCACACACUGAGACCAAAUACUUCAUGUGCUAUGAUGAAGGUGUUGACCGAGCAUCACACGACUAUAGUUUAAUCCAUCUAAACAAAACCUGGACUGCAGCUCAGCUGUACUGUAGACGGCAUCACACAGAUUUAGUCAGUAUCACAAAUGAGCAGGAAAAUGAGCGAGUAAAGAAUCAGACAAAAGACAGAGAGUUUCCUUUCUGGAUCGGCCUCCUGCAUGAUAACAUUGAAUGGGCUGAUAGAGGAAAAUCUGCUUACAGAAAUUAUUCAUCAAAACCAGGUCAGGGAAAGUUUACAAUCCUUACAGUGCUAACCAAUGACUGGCAACUAAGAGGUUCUGGUUCCUUCGCUGUUCUAUGCUACAAAAGUCUCAUUCACGUGAGUGAAGCUAAGCUGUCCUGGGAAGGCGCUGUGGAUUACUGCAAUGCUUCUGGUCUACUGCGCAUCGAGUCCAAAGACGAUCAGAUAGAAACAGAGCGAGAAUUACGAAAAGAGAAUAUUUCUGAACCGGUGUGGAUCGGACUUCGACAGAGUCGACUUUUUGGUUUCUGGAUGUGGGUGAAUGGACUUCACGUGGGACCCUGGACUAACUGGAAAGGAGGACGUCAGCCAGAACAUCAGAUCUCUCAUCACUGUGGCGUCAUGGAGAAGGUGGACGGCACAUUCAAGUGGACUGAUAAAGACUGCAGAUACAGGUUUAGAGUUGUAUGUGAGGCGAAAUAAUACAUCACUCAGUUGUCUCAAAACCUGCUAAAUUGUUCUUCUGUUUAUCUUGUGUUGAUCUAACAUUCGCACUCCAUCCCAGCAUAAUACGUCUCAUUUAUUUAUCAAAUGUCAUUCUGCUUCAGUCACACAUUCACUAUAGAUAUAUAAAUACAUUUAUUCUGUAAUGAAAGAGAGGUAACUAGAGGAUCAUGAUGAGUUACCUAAAAGUUUGUGUGUAAUUCUAACAUCAAACAUAUAGACAUAUACAUAUGUGUUGCAUUUCGUUCAUGAUUUUUAAUAGAUUAUAUGAAUUUACAUUUUCUUUACAUAUUCAUUUUUUUACUUAUUUUCAUUUUGAAAAGUGUCCUUUUUGCAGUCGUGGCCUAAUGGUUAGAGAGUCGGACUCGUGACCAGAAGGUUGCCGGUUCGAUUCACAGGGCCGGCGGGUAACGACUGAGGUGCCCUUGAGCAAGGCACCUUACCCCUACUUGCUCCCCGGGCGCUGCAGUGAUAGCUGCCCACUGCUCCGGGUGUACGUGUGUUCACCACUUGCUGUGCGUGUGUUCACUACUCUCUGGAUGGGUUAAAUGCAGAGGUCACAUUUCAGAUAUGGGUCACCAUAUCUGACUAAUAGGUCACUUUCACUUUCACUUUCACACUUUCACUUUAUCUCAGUAACAUCUGUAUCUUUUCACUGUCUUUACUUGGUAUAUACAAUAAAAAUGAUUCAUCAAACAGAUCAUUUAAAUUUAUCAUCAUUUUGUGUCCCGUAAAAAAUGUUGGGUUGUUUCAACCCAUGGUAGAGUAACAACCCAGAAUAGGUUCAUGUAAAUCCAAUGGUCGGGUUUGUUGAUAUUUUACUCACCAAUGAUCCACCAGUGAUGGAUCUGACUUUUGCAUCAUACGGUAUAACACCUAAUUUCUCCAAAUGUUUUCAAUUAAACCCAUAAAAAUACAUUCACUGGUAAGUUAUGACAU